AUGUCUUGUGGUUCUAAUCUUGUUGUUAAGCACAGAUUUAGAUUUGCAUCAUGGAACAUUGGAUCUCUCACAGGUAAGAUUAUGGAGUUGAUAGAUGUUAUGCGGAAAAGAAGGAUUAAUGUUGCUGGGAGAGGGGGAGUGAGCAUAGUAGUUGACAAAGAUCUUAAAGAUGACAUUGUGGAAGUUAAGAGACUCAGAGAUAGGAUUCUCGCCAUUAAACUAGUGCUUGGCGAUGAAGUUAUCAAUAUAGUUUGCGCUUACGCACCCCAAGCAGGACUUGAUGACAGGGUUAAGGUACAAUUCUGGGAGGAUAUGGAUGAAUUGAUUCAGGGUCUCAGCCAGAGGAAGAAAAUUAUUUUUGGUGGGGACCUCAAUGGCCAUGUAGGCAAGGGUCGCAGAGGUUUUGAAGAGGUGCAUAGAGGACAUGAACUUGGGGAGAGGAAUGCAAAAGGGACCUCCAUGUUGGACUUUGCGAUAGCUUAUGACCUUUGCAUCGUGAAUACCUUUUUUGAGAAGAGAUAUGAGCAUGUGGUUACUUAUAAGAGUGGAUUGCAUGUCACUUGGAGACCAUUCCAUACUCUUACGUUCCCAGAUCUUGGUGAAGUCACCCAGGCUAGAUACUUAUUAGAGAAUUGA